UGCUUUAAGACGAAGACAUCAUGGAUAAAUAUGAAAUCAUUAAAAAAAUUGGAGAGGGAUCUUUUGGCAAAAUAUUCUUGGCAAAAGGAAAAGUGGAUAAUGAGCAGUGUGUUAUCAAAGAGAUUGAUUUAACUAAGAUGCCUAUGAAAGAAAAAGAAGCCUCUCAGAAAGAAGUCAUUCUUCUGGCCAAGAUGAAGCAUGCAAAUAUCGUAACCUUCUAUGCUUCAUUGCAAGAAAAGAGCAAGCUAUAUAUUGUGAUGGAAUACUGUGAUGGUGGAGAUUUAAUGAAGCGGAUAAAUAUGCAGCAUGGAGUGCUGUUUGACGAGGACCAGAUUCUGAGUUGGUUUGUACAGAUCUCCUUGGGCUUGAAGCAUAUUCACGACAAGAAGAUCUUACAUAGAGAUGUAAAAGCACAGAACAUUUUUCUUAGCAAUAAUGGAGAGGUAGCAAAGCUUGGAGACUUUGGCAUAGCAAGACAGUUGAACAGCACUAUGGAGUUUGCCCAUACCUGUGUAGGGACCCCAUAUUAUCUGUCACCUGAGAUUUGUGAAAAUCGACCAUAUAACAAUAAAACAGAUAUUUGGUCUCUUGGCUGUGUGCUUUAUGAGCUAUGUGCACUAAAGCAUCCUUUUGAGGGCAAUAGUUUGCACCAGCUGGUGCUGAAGAUCUGCAGAGGACGUUUUCACCCAGUGUCUCCAAACUAUUCAUAUGAUCUGAGAAUAUUAAUUUCCCAGCUGUUUAAAAUAUCUCCAAGAGAUCGACCAUCUAUCAGUUCUAUUCUAAGGAAGCCCUUCUUACAGAAGCUCGUUCUCAGGUAUUUGCCCCCUGAGGAAGAACUCAGUCACACUGUGAUACAUAGAAAAAGGCCUUCAGCAUCAGAGUCUGGAGCCAAGCUGAUACAAGCAUAUAAACUUCAAAAAAGGAGAGUCCAGGACCAAGUUUCUCUAGAAUCUGGAAUGGUGGUGCCUGUCAAGAAACAGGAAUUAUUUCAAAGAAAUGAGUGGAAACCUCCUUCAAGAGGACAACAGCCUAUUUUUGAGCCACAGACCUCCGGAUUUAAGAUGGCAGAAAGGCCAGGAAGUAUUAGAGUGCAUGGCCGUUAUGGUCAUUACUAUGAUAAGCUUGACAACUUGCAGAGGAAGGCCAAUGCGCAUUAUGAUCUUUCUCAUAUCAGCCAAAGAGUUGAGGAAUACUAUAAACUAAAAGGACAAGUUGCACCUCCACCCCCACCACCUGACUGUUCUGCAGAAUACCUUCAAAGGUGUUUUGAAGCCCAACAGUACAAGAUUAAAGUGGAAAAACAGCUGGGACUGCGACCAUCCUCUGCUGACCCAUAUCACAACCAAAUACAGCAGCAGAAAAAAAAGGAAGAGCAUCUCAAAAACUAUCAGCAGGACAUGUCUAGAAAGAAUGAAAUGAAAGAACAGGAGUACCUGAAACAAUUGCAGAAGAUUCGGGAAGAAUACCACAGCAAUAUAAAAGAAUUGAGAUUUAGAGCAGGAGUACUCCAGGAGAAUCAAAAAAUACAAGAUAAAACCUAUCUUGUGAGGCAAGGGAAAGCUGAGGACCAAUCUGAAAUCAAGGAUACAGCUGGAACAGGAAAAGAAUCACUUCAGGACAUGGAAGAAAACUUUAAACAAGUCAGACUCCAGGAUAGGCAAGACCAAAGAACCUUAGAAAAGAAACAUACCACAAAGGGAGGAGUAAAAUUUGAAAUUAAUUUAGAUGUAAGUGUUCCUGAGGAAGACAACAUUCAAGAAGCAGAGGUAUUAGAUAAACUCAGUGAGACUUUAACUUUUGUGGAUGGUGAGAAUCUUAAUGAGAAAUUGGUGGAUGGUUAUGAAGAUCAUAUGGACAGAGCUUUGGAAGAACUAUCUAGAUACCAAACAGCUGACCAUGCUAUUCUGCCUGAAGGCAUCCCAGAAAUCAAGAAGCAGUGGAAACAAACACCACCAGGGACACUCCUGAACAUCUUAGCAAAAGCAGAGCUGUCUAAUGAUUCCUUCAUCUGUCUUGAAGAAGAAAUAGAAGGGAGAUUAAGUACGUUGCCUCCAAAAGAAAACAAGGAAGAUGAUUCGGAAACCUACUCUGCUGUUGCUGUUGAUGAAGGCAGACUUGAGCCAAGAUGAGAUGAUGAAGACACAAAUUUUGAAGAUUCUGAAGAUGAACUCAGACAUGAGCUGGAGAAAUCUCUGGAAAAAGUGGCAACUUCUCCAGCUGAGAGAACCAUGGACUAUCCCAUCCUUUCAAUAAAUAAAAGUCAAACAGAUGAAGAAAAGAUGAGUUUAACUCGCAAACUACUUGGAAAAUCUGAUGAUGAUUUAGAAAAUAACCAUGGGACACAUAGUGUUGACACACAUAAUGAAAAAGGCGAGUAGGAAGCAAGAGCUACCUAGAGCACCAGCACAGCUACUGUUUCAAAACUCUAACUUGCUUGAAAUUUCAGCUACAUCAGUAACAAAAUUUAAGGAUAGCUGACAUUAAAUGCCACGUAAAUCAACUGCUUUUCAACUGUGCUAAAUGCUCCAUUAAAAUUAAUAGAAGGUUGUUACUAUUUUGUUUAAAAGGAGAAAAAUCAGGGUACUUUUCAGAUGUCUAAACGUUGAAAAAUCCUCAUCCAGACUGAAAUGCACUUUUAUUAUUCUAAAGUACCUGGGACAUCUCUGACAACACUUGCUCGAAGAAAUUUCUGAUUGCAUACUCUCUUCAACCAUAUAAGAAAGUCUCCCAGUCAGUAUAUUUCCCUAGCUCAAUCAACUCAUUUUAAGAAUCCGUUCCAGCUUUCCAUAAUCUCUGUGUACUGCCAAUACAGCUUUAUCAUCCAUAGUUUCAUGACCGUACAUAGUUUACUGACUAUACAUAGUAUCACCAACUCCUCAGCAGGUGUAGAUAAAGCAGUAAAAGGGUUUAUAGGCAUCAUAAGAAUUGUGCAUUCCCCAAUUCCUGAUAGAACACGAGACAGUAGGUACUUCCAAACAUGUAUUUUCAUAUACAAAAUUUCAUAUAAUCCAGGUGAAGCGUAGAGGGAAAACCACAUUCUAGAGUCUGAUUUCAGUAGCUCUUUGCACUUCUCUUAGUUUGCUAAAAUAUAAAAUACUGCUUUAGUGGCUCAAAAAAGGACUGUAUGUUUUUCCAUUUUUCAUACAAAAGCAGAUGUCCAGUUUUUGAACAUUUGUUCAGUGUUCUCAAUUUUAUAAUAAGCAGUAGUUUAGGGCUUUGUGUUCGUAUAGCAUUUAAUUAUGCCCUCUGAUCUAGACCCUUCUAUCACCUAGGAACAGAAAAUUUUUCAAUAGAGUAGGGUUGGAAAAGUAUCAUUAAGUUGUCAUACUUUAAAAGGGCAUGAGGAAAUAGCUAAUAUAAAGAUCAUAGACAAGUGCAAUUAUUACUUAUUAAAAAGCAAGCUAGCAAAGCCACCAUAUGAUUAACCUAAAGAAAUCACUGAAGGUAAUGAAAUCUCCAGAAUCACAAUUAAAAUCCCACAUAAUAGAAUUCUGCCACACAGUGGGGGACAGCAAAUUGAAAAUGUGCUACAGAUUCUGGCAAAAAAAAAAUCAUCUUCUAGGUACAAAAGUAUUAAAAAGUGUGACUGUGAGUGAACAGUCAUGAAAUGGGUGGAGGCUGAACGUAUUUAAUAAAUAAAAGAAAUUACAGAUGUGGUUCUGUUACCAAGGAAAUAUGAUUGUUCUGUGAAUCCAGAGGAUUUUGCAGUGCACUGUACUGUCGUGUAGUUAACAGAAAAUUUUCCAGAGCAUUUCUUUCUCAGUAAAAAAAUCUCUAUUACAUAAAGUAGAUACCCUGACAGAAAGAAAAAAAAAAAUUCUCUUUAUUGAAUGGGACCAAGGGAUCAUAGAUUAGAUAUAUUUACA